GCAACUGGGCGAUGCGCCUCCAAGCAGAUCCUCUACCUUUCUGGAUUUGACAUUCCCAGCGCAGCCUGCAUCCUCACAUCUGAGUGACAUUCAGCUGUCAGUGAUUUCCUCAGCUUGCGUCAGUCUAAUUUUGACAGAAAACUAUUCACAAGACAAGGUUUUCGGCUAUAUCCGAAAACUGACCACUCGCAACAGGCAUUUUAUUCCCUCUUGAACGAUCCCCUGUGGGAGGAUUUGCUUUCAAAAUAUUUUAAUUUGAAACCAGCCAGAGACAGCUGAUAACUUGAUCGGAGAUGGUUCAGGAAACGCCGGACAAACUCGCUUGAUUUGGGUGAUUUUUGUCCUCAGUUUGUGUCUAUUGGAGGCUCGAAAGCAUCUUCAGACAGACCGCAGGGAGCAGAGGAGGCUGUUACACCGUCUACAGGCUGUUGUAAGGUGGGCAGGAGCAACCAGCAGCCAUGCUGUCAUUGGACGAGCCGCUGGACUUGAAGCUUCCCUCAGGACGGACAGAUGGUCCACUCAGAUUAGGAAAGAGGGCUUGUCCCUCCUCUAUCUGCGCCCCUCUCAGCGUCACACGACCACGCCUGCUAUGCACAACCUUUCCGUCUCCACCCUCCUCCCCAGAGUCCCAGACUUCCCCUCAAGAACGACCCGGGUCCUGCUUCAGUCCUCCAGCCAUGGACCUCAGCCUGUCACCCUCUUCCCGCCAUGCCUCCUCCCUCUCCCCGUCUCCUUCCUCCCCUUCCUCCCCCUUCCCCUCCUCCCCCCUGGAGUCCCCUCACAGCAGCAGAAGCCCUCAGCCACAUCUCUUCUCACGGGAACCAGCUCGUCAUCCAGGUCUGGAGGGCGGCGCUUCACCAAAGGGUUAUCCAUUUUAUCUGCCGAUCGGCAGCCCACCGAGGGCGUACAGCUUUCCCUCCUCUAUCUUCAUCGGCCCGAACAGAGAGAAGCAAGUUUCACCAGAGCCCUCAUUGGACGGUCAGCUGGCCUGCCGUUGGAUGAAGUGCCACCUGCUGUUCGACUCGCUGCAGGACUUGGUGGAUCACAUCAACGACUUCCACGUCAAGCCUGACAAGGACUCUGGAUACUGCUGUCAGUGGGAGGGCUGUGCUCGAAAUGGCAGGGGCUUUAAUGCCAGGUAUAAAAUGCUGAUUCAUAUCCGCACACACACCAAUGAGAAGCCGCACCAUUGUCCCACCUGUAACAAGAGCUUCUCACGGCUGGAGAACCUGAAGAUACACACCCGCUCACACACAGGAGAAAAACCCUACAUCUGCCCCUAUGAAGGCUGCAGCAAACGUUACUCCAACUCUAGCGACCGCUUCAAACACACCCGCACCCACUACGUUGACAAGCCAUACUACUGCAAGAUGGCAGGCUGCCUGAAGCGCUACACAGAUCCCAGCUCGUUACGCAAGCACAUCAAAGCCCAUGGGCACUUUGUUGCCCAGGAGCAAGGUGCUCCGAGCAGGCUGGGGGCGGGGCUAGGCCUCGCCGGGCACCAGAGUGCAGCUGAGCAGCCCUCCGUAGGCGGGGCCCACAUCCUCAUCCCUGGGGCUGCUGCAGCUCUUCUUGGAGGCCUGGGGACCUCUUUGCCUCUCUCUGCUUUCUGCCACGCCAGAGCCCUGGGCCACCACAGGGCACCACUCUUCUCCAUGGGUGGAGGGAGCGGCAUGGGGCCGCUCAGCCUCUCAGACUCUCCUCUGCUACACUUUGGACUUUCAGCUGCAUCAGUGUUGGGGCUGGGAGCACUUGGAGGUCUGGGACGGAUGGCAGGGAAGGAGACAGAAGGCGAAGAGGAGGAGGAGGAUGGAGAGGAGGGGGAGGUGCUGAACCUGUCUGCAGGAGUGGGGCACAGACGAAGUGACCCUUUGUCCUGGGUGGUUGUUCCCCCGAGGGCACUCCUCCUCAAACCAGCUGUUGUCAGCUAAGGUAUGCACUCAGCAAUGCAUAGAACCAGGGAGUGUGUUUUUCUGUGUCCAUGGUUACACACAUGUAUGUCUGUGUGUGUCCAUUCACAGGCAUACGUGCAUGUGUAUGAUGAGUGUGUGUGUGUGUGUGUGUGUGUGUGUGUGUGCAUGUGCGUGUGUGUGCAUGUGAGGGAUCAAGGGUCGCUGACACCUGCAGAGCCAUAAAAAGCACUUCAGUCAUUCCAGCCCAGAAACAACUAAAGACAGACUGAUAGACUGAAGGACACAAGUCUGUGUUGAGUCUACAAAGCCUGCACAAGAACUUGUUGGGUUGUGUGUUGGAUUGCAAAAGUUUUACACUUUAAAAGGUCAGUUCGUCCAAAUGACAGAAAGUAUUUUAAAAAAGUACCCUUAGUGAUAUCUGGCCGUGCAGAUCUAUCUACAUCUACUGACAUUUUAAGAUAUUUUUCUUAGAUUUUAGUAAAAACAGCAUUAAAAAGGACAUUUGAAAGAUUUAACACUAACUUUUCUUUUUACAAAGUUCUUAUCCACAGGCGUCACUGUGAACACUUUCUUUAUUUGCACGACUUUGCAAUAAGAUUUUUCAAAUGUAAUUUAUAGCCAGGCAAAGGAUAGCAUUGGAAAUAGGUCAUUUUAUACAGACAUUUAUGGUUCCCAGAGGAUGAAUCCUACCAGCCGGUGUGAUCCUUUGACCUUUCGUCUAAUGCCAUCAUCAGGUCAACAUUUUAAUUUGGAACCCUGUCUCCUAGAAACUACGUUUCUAUGUAACUAAACUGCUUUCUUAAUUACAUAGUGGCAACAUGAUUGCUGCCUAAAGUUUCUCUCAGGUAACAAUACACUACAUUCAUGUAUCAAGUAGACUUCAGAGGGAGAUGUUUGAGUUACUUUGGGUUUGAAUCUGGGUUCCUGUCUUACGUUUAGGUAACAAAUGCACUUUGGUUGCUGAUACCUUCAGUAUCAGUAUUUUUGCAACAUGGUAGACACAUUUUAGCAACAUUUUCCCAUGAUGUUACCAGAAAACGUAAUCUGCUUGGCAUUAAAUUUCCCUCAAAAUGUAUUUGUCAUUUUAAAUUAGUUUCUAGGAGACAGGGCAAUUUGUCCAAUUCUUUGGCCACUUACCUGCAAAAAUACGACAUCCACAUCAAAAUUCUUUGCGUUUAUUGCUUAUAACAACAUGUAAGCGUGCCAACAUGCCAAAUUAAGAUUAAAAUUAAAAUGGCUAACAUCUUAUUUGCUUAACAUUAGCUUGUCUUGUUGCAAUGCUAUGAGCCUUACAUAUCAAACUCCUGACUGUAUAUAGCAGAUGUUUUUGAGGUGGAUAUCUCUAAACCACAUCUGUCUGCAUGGCUUGAUAUCACAUAAGUGAGAAAUAUGUUUGAAUCAGGUGAACUGACCCUUUAAUAUUCAUUGAUUCACCCAGUGACUGUAUAAAAAGAUGGACAACAUGCCUCCACUUCCUCCAGACUGUACAAAAAUGAUGUCAAAAUAUCCUGAACAUGGCCACUGCCAUCUUGCUCUGAUGACGUCAUUUGGUGCUACAGCCAACACACUAGCCGUCUCCAUGGUAUCGACCAAUGGCAAGCAGCACCAUUGAUUAUUAGCACACCAAUUGGCACACACAGCUAUCAAAUAACAGAUUAAAACCAAACUUAUCAGAAAAGCGAUAAGAACUACUUAAAUUGACAGAAACCAUCUUUGGGAAAAAUAUAUUUGAUGUUCACUUUGAUCUUUUAGUUUGGCCCAUGUCCCAUCCUCUAACAUGGAGGGGGCAGGGUUUAUGACUUCUACUGUACAGCAGCUGGCCACCAGGGGGCGAUCGAGAUGUUCUGGCUUCACUUUUUGGGAGCUGUCAUAUCGUCCAUCUUUAUAUACAGUCUAUGGAUUCACCCAUCGCCUUCCAUUCGUCUACACUUUGACUUCAUGGUCAAAAAACAUGUUACAGUGGACAGUCACCUGUAUUAUAUUUACUGAUCCAGGUCAUGAAAGAGCAGAUGCACUAACCAUUUUGUAGUUUUUACGUUCGACAACCCCCACUGACUGCUGCCAUAGACCCAUUUUUACUCAUAAAUAAAUAUGGGCAGAAGCAGGAUUGCGGGGAGCAACAAGAAGAACAUUAAUGAUUACGCAUUGUAGACUUCAACAUUGUUACAGCCAUUGUAUUUUUUCCUUCUGGCAAAAUGAAGAGUUUGUGCAAUUAAGGGGUUACAUUUCAAAAUAAGAAAUCGAUCAGUUAAAAAAAUCGACACUAAAUCCCAUAAAAUUACAGCUGAUGUUAAAAACAUGUUUUUGUGAUAAUUUUUAAUACAACUGUUUACAAAAUAUUUAUGCUUGAGAAGAUGUUACAGACUUUACAUGGUAGUCUGGUUACAAAAUUAACUCAAGGUGAUUGGGUGUCAUACUCAGUCAUGUCAUUUAAAGAAGGUUUCUGUGGAUUUGAUAGUAUCUGGUGGUAAUUACUUGUCAUGUGCAACUUGCUUCAUUUUCAAGCCCACACAAACAAAAUAAUUAAUAGGGUUCAUGAUACGAUAUUAUAUUGAUUCUGUGGACAAUGAUACAAUAUUUGCUGAUAUCACAAAGUCUGCCAUGACAUGAUUUCGAUUUGAUUCAGUUCAGGGGGCUGCGAUCGAUAUUAGACAAUAUAUCGAGACGAGACGAAGGAGGUGUGCUUGGCCAGAAAUGGUGACAGGUGCUCCAUAGGAAUACCUCUUUAAAGUGAUGAUAUGCAUCAAUGGUUUCACUUUUCAUCGAUAAUAUUGGAUCGUUGAUCAUCGAAUUGAUAUAACGAUCCGAACAAUGUACACCUCUAAUAAUUAGCCCCCUUGAGUAAAACUCAAAUUGCAUCAUAAUUUAUGACGCAGUAAUCCCACUGAUUGUAAAGUGACCUGAGUUUGUCUGUCAGCUGCUCUGUGGUUUGUUUCAACCCCCGGAGACCUUGACGUUUACGACACUACAGUGUGUGACGAAAGACAAUAAUCUACACAAAGCUAUCUGUUCGACCAUGUGAUUUUCCAAGUCGCAAGAAGAAAGACAUAAACUGUGUUGACGCAACUGAAUGUAGGUUUGAGUUAAACUCCUUCGCUUGCAGUUUAUUUUAGCUCAUUCUUUGCUCUAAUAAUCAUUCCAAGACAACGAUCUAGACCGGAUCUGCCCUGCCUUUACGACAAGACCAACUGAGGUAAAUAUUCAAGCGGGAAUAAAGUAGACAAAGGUGUGUAUUACACAAUAGUUAGUACACAUUUGCUUUACUAAAAAGGUACACAGGAAUAAACCAAACAGUGGUUUAAAGAGCUGCCUCGAAUAUUUUUGAAGGGGAAAUGUUUGACAAUGGCCACGUGUGGCCAGUAUCUGUGUCAAUUUAUCUCGUAUCCUUGUUUGCACAUUGAUUGAUCCUAAUCAGUAUUUCAACGGUGUCCAAGUGCCUUGUGUUUCAUCCGAAAUAUACCACACAAUAUAUGAAAAAUAUUUACACAAAUGUAAAGUGUAUAAAUGUACUUUUCAUUGCAUUUUAGAAAACUGAAGUUUAAUAAUAUGACAACAGAUGUGAUUUGUACAUCAGGGCCACUGCAACACUUUCCAAGGAUGUCACCAGUGUUGAUGACUGUGACAAUGACUCAAUGUCAAUAAACACAAAUUAAAAAAAAAAA